AUGGAUCCCGUUGUUCUUCACCGUGUCGGAAUCCAAAACCCUGACCCCAAAACGCAGCGAAACAAGAAGAUGGUAGGAGAAGCAAAGAAGUGCGAGAAGACGUGGAAUUGUGAAGGAGAAGACAAAUGCAGAGAAAAGUGCAAGACUUUGUACAAUGGAGAUGGAAUCUGUGAUUUGUACACUGCUCCUUUGGUUCCUAAGCAAUGUUUCUGCCACUAUGAUUGCUAAUUAAUUAAGCUCUCUCUAUGCAAUUAUAAUGUUCCUUGUUAUUAUGCACCCUUAAUCCGUGUGAUUAAAAUAAUAAUUAAUCCUCUCUCUUUUCCGGAGUAUAAGGAGUU